AAUAUUACCAAUUUAUUGACUAUUAGCAGCCAAUUGCCGUUCGCUACUGCCCACUAAAUUACCUAUUAUUUCUAUAAUUAUUGUUUGUUUGCACAGAAAUCGAUAAACACAUCAACUAUGAUUUUUAAUUUUUAGUUUGCUUCGCUUCGACAGUCCUCGAUAAUCUUCAGUACCUAUAGUGCAGCCGCUGAUGUUCGUAUGAUAUUAUAAUUUUCAGUUAAAAUUGUUUACGUUUGCGCGUACCUUUAUGAUAAUUAUAAUAAUAGUAAGAUUAUUAUAUACAAAUUCAGAUUUCUUACGAAUGUUAUUUCUACCUAGCAAAUAAUAAUUUAUUUGUGUACCUAGUUGAGUUUUCGUUUUGAUAUUGAACAUCUAUUCGUCAGGUAUUGUAAUAUAAUUUAUACUUUUGUCUACCGUUACGAGAAACAUGUCCGUACAAGAAGUACUAGAGAUUGCAGUAAACACUACACCCAAACCAUCUGAGCCCACCUCUGGAAGAUCUAUGGAAGAACUAUUCGCUGAGGCGAGCUUAUUGUCCGAUGAUGAACUAAAAACAAAAUUGAAUGAAAUGUACAAGCCCAGGACUCUUAAUUUUUUAAUGGCCAAGGAAUUCAGUGAGUCUGCUAAAUAUGUACCAUCGUGGUUACUGAAAAAAAAUUGCGAACAAGAAUUUGACCCUAAACUUAUUCUAUCUUAUAUGACUGCGAUAAAUUCCGAUAAAAAAGUCAUGUAUACAGAUAUAAAAACGUUGGUUAAGUUAGCUAUUGAGAAAGGAAACAAUUUGGAGAAAAUGAUUCUAAAAUCAUCACCAGAAUUUAAACAUGAACUCAAAAGACUUAUAAAAAAAUAUAACUUAGUCUCAAAAGCUAAAAAUUCAAAAUCUGCCAUGACUUUAUCCAGAAUUUCUGAGAGCGUCCCAAUAUUUACAUGCACUAUCCUUAAAAAUGAAGCUGAAAAUCCUAUUGUAUCUUUUGAAUUGAUGGAGACUAUUUGUAAGAAUUAUCCUAGAGUGAUGAUGACGCCUGCUUUCGCUUAUUUAAUACCAAAUAAAGAAGACGAAUUUUGCCUAUUUUUAAAAAAAGCCCACUUGCUUCAUCGAUACCAGUUUUUUGCUAAAAUGUCGAAAGAGACUCAUCCGAGUUCCUCAAUUGAUGUUGAAAAUGAAUUCAUUUCUAAGGUUUACGCGAAUACUCAAGCUGCCAUCAAUGGAUCACACGAGGAAUACGAUGUUCAAAUUAAGUUUUUAAAAGAAAAUAAUCUAAUUGAGGAAGUUGAAAAUGAAAUAACUGUUACAGAAGUAGUUCUGGAAGCAGUGAAGUUGUGGGACGAAAAAGAAAGACAACACGAAUUAGAACAAAAGUUUUCUGGUGUCGAACUUGACAAUUACCACAGUUUUAUAUAAUUU